GUGAGUGCACCGUGUGGUGUGUCAAACAAUGUGGCUGAGGUUGAUGGCAAUGAGGUUGAUGCUAAUGCCAUGCAAAUGGAUGAUCAUGACGACCCAACACACACUGAAGAAUGUGGCCCAACGGCCGUUGUAGAUGAUGCAAACAAUGUGAAGGAGUCUGAUGUCACUACACCUUCGGUUGAGAUCAUCUCAACCAUCCUCAAUGAACUGGCUGAUGUUGUGGAUAAUUCAAAGGAUGAGAGGGAGUGUGAUCCUACUACAGCUUCCAAUCCGAUCAUCUCACCGGCUCUUCUUGAUGUGGCUGCUGCUGAGCUCACUAAUCCUGCCCCUUGUGAUGAAACAUGCCCCAUAAAAACUCCCGCGAAUCAAAACAUCUAUAUGGAUGUGCUUUUGAAAAGGCCAAGAUACCCUUCGAAGUAUAGGGUCAGCCCUUAUACCGAACCAAGAGCUUCAAAGCGGGCCAAACACAUUAUUGAACCCAGUCUUGAAAUCCACCCAAUCUUCAUUGCUGAAACAGUUGAGGAAUGGAAUGAACUUAAAGAUUGGAUAGAAGGUGAUGAGAGUCAACCCCCUCUUAAUGUAGUUCUCAUGAUCCCUGAUGAAUUUGAAGUCAACAGAGGUUUUUU